GACCGCCGCGGUGCGUGAUGCGCGGGUGUCGUUUGAGGGGUUGGGUGCGUUUGGGCAUGAAGGGAUAAGUUGCUGCGAUUCUUUGUAUAAUUUAAUCUUUCCGUUAAAGAGUGAAACUGUAGAUUCCUGUCCAUGGCCGGGCCGGCGCGCCACGCCGUCGGCAUGAGGUCACUGCUGCUGGUGGCCUGGCUCAGCAGCUGGCUGGCGGCCGCGCUCACGCAGCGGGCCGAGUCGCCGCCGCCGGCGCCCGACUUCUCGCAGCUGCUACGCGACGAUGAGUACCUGGCCACCGCCUUCGCCGCCUCUGUUGCUGAGGAGAACGGCUCGUGCGGACAGGACCACUUCCGCUGCCGGGGCUCGGACUACUGCAUCCCGCAGGCGUGGGUUUGUGACAAGGAGAUGGACUGCCCGCCGGCCGACGGUGCCAUCGACGCCUCGGACGAGGACGAGUUCUUGUGCCAGUCGUCCCGGGUGUGCGGCCCGAACGAGUUCCAGUGCGGCGACAGUCUGACCUGUCGCCCCAUCUCCAUGCUGUGCGACAAGUCGCGCGACUGUCCCGACUGGAGCGACGAGGGCGCCUUCUGCGAGGACCGGAACAGCUGCCAGAAGGAGCGCUGUGUGUACGGCUGCAAGCCACACCCAGGCGGCCACGGCGCGCUGUGCUUCUGCCCGACCGGCGCUCGAUUCAACGGCACGGAUUGCGUCGACGAGAACGAGUGCGCUCGAAACGUCUGCAGCCAGCUGUGCAACAACACGAUCGGCUCGUUCGUCUGCUCGUGUGUGAACGGCUACGCGGUCGCCGACGGCGACCCCACCGACUGUCAGCCGAUCAACGAGCCCGUCGGUGCUCCCGCCAGCCUGCUGGUCAGCACAGAAUCAGUGCUUCUGCGGCUGUCGGCGGCUGACGGUCGGCUGUCGGAGGGCCGUGCCGGCUGGCGGCACCUCAACACGAGCCGCCGCGGCCAGCCCGCCGCCAUGGACUUCGACCACAGGAACGACUCCGUGUGCUGGGUGUCGGCCGAGGGCGGCCUGAGCUGUUCCAGCGUCUCCAACCUCUCCACUACGUGGGACGUGUCCAGUCCGCGCUACUUCUCACUCAAAGAGGCGACUCAGCUGCAGUAUGACUGGGUCGGCCGCAACUGGUACGUGUGCGACCCGUCCCGGCGCUACAUCCUCGUGUGCACGGCUCAGCUGUCGGCCUGCUCGGCCGUCAUGGACUUCGCGCCGGGCGUGGACCACCUGAUCAUGGCCCUGGACGUGCAGAACAGUGUGCUGUUCGCCGCCGGCCACGGCCUGAGCCAGCCGUCGGUGCUGGUGCGCGCUGCCCCGGACGGCGCUGGGCGGCGCGCGCUGGCAGUGCCCGGCGACCGGCUGGGCGCGCUGGCCGUCGAUCCGGCCACGCGCCGCCUGUACGUGGCCGACCGACUGUCGGGAGCCCUGUCCGCCGUCGACUAUGAGAGCGGCAAGGCGCGCCGCCUGGCCUCGCUCGCCGACUCGGACGUGCGCUCACUGGACGUGCUGGCGGGCCGGCUGUACGCCACAUGGUGGGGCGCACCGCGUCUGACGCGUCACGGGCCGACCGACUGGGCGCACGGCGCGACGCUGGUGGGCGGCACCGACAGGCCGCUGCCCCGCCCCCUGCGCAACCGGCCGGAGCGGCCGCUCGGCACCGUGCGCGUCUUCCACCGGCAGCGGCAGCCGGACGUGGAGCACCCGUGCCAGACGGACAACGGCGGCUGUGAGCACAUCUGCGUGCCGGUGUCGACGGACGGCACGCCCACCGCCAGCUGUCUCUGCGGCGCCGGCUUCCGGCUGGCCGAUGGCGGACGCUGCGUCGCGUACGCCGGCCAGCCGGUGCUGCUGGCGACCUCGCCCCGCGGCGUAUUGGGCCUGGCACUGGACGGCCGGCCGGGCGACUUGGUGCCGCCCGUGACGGCGGCGCGCGGCCGCCACGUCACGCCCGUGGCCGACUGUGAGCCAGGCAACGGCCGGCUCUACUUCUGCAACGUGCCGACGACGGAGGGCGCCGCGAUGACGAUCGAGCGGCGCGCCUUGGCCGGCGGCGCGCGCGAGGUGCUCGUGGCCGACGGCGUGCGGCAGUGCUCGGCCGUGGCUGUCGACUGGCUUAACGACAACCUCUACUGGGCGGACGUGGUGACCGAGGCCAUAUCAGUGGUGCCGCUGGCGCGGCCCGAGCGGCGCCGGCUCCUGCUUCGCAAAGCGUCACUGCUCUUCCUCAGCCUAGAGCUGGACCCAGCUGCCGGGUACAUGUACUGGAUUCACUACGGCCAGGGGUUCGCGCUACAGCGGGCCUGGAUGGACGGCUCUCACAUGGAGAAGCUGCUGGAGCUGGAGCGGCCCGGCGGCGUUGUGCUGGACAUCCCCAACAAGAAGCUCUACUUCAUCGAGGAGAAGAACAUAGAGAGAGUGAACGUGGACGGCAGCAGGCGAGAGGUGGUGAGCACCGGCCUGCCGGGCUGGCCGGUGUUGGUCGGCGUGCAGAGCAACGGUAGCCUGUACUGGCGCGAUACCACGUCCGGCCAGCUGUGGCGCGAGGAGGGCGGCCGGCGGCUGCCGCUGCCGCAGCGCGCCCGCUCCCUGGUCACCGAGCAGCUGUGCGAGCCGGGCCGCGUCCCCGCCGAGGGCGGCCUCGCACGCCUGGGCGGCGGCUGCCAUGACCUGCGCUGCGAGCACCUGUGUCUGGCCGUGCCGGGCGGACACCGGUGCGCCUGCGCCGACGGCCUCAGCUUGGCCGCCGACCAGCGCAGCUGCGCGCCGGCCGCCAACUACAGCGACCCGCUGGCCUGUGAGCCGCACCAGUUCCAGUGCGCCGUCAGCAAACAGUGCAUCAACCAGCACUACGUCUGCGACGGCCAGGAGGACUGCCACGAUGGCUCGGACGAGGACCACGACACCGGACCGUGCCAGAACGCGUCAUGCCCGGCGGACGGUCUGGCCUGUGGCAGCGGCGACGGCGGCUACUCCAGCGGCCACUCGCGACUGCAGUGCGUCAACAAGGCCUGGAUCUGUGACGGCACCAAGGACUGCGACGAUGGCAGCGACGAGCAGACGGCGCGCUGCGCUAACGCCACCUGUGGGCCGGAGCGGUUCAAGUGUAGUCGGAGCGGGCGCUGCAUUCCUCGCGGCUGGGUGUGUGACAUGACCCCCGACUGCGGCGCCGGUGACCUGAGCGACGAGCCGCCCCACUGCGAGUACCCGCCGUGUGGCCUGAACGAGUUCAAGUGCGCCAACGGGUGGUGCCGCCUCUACUCGCUGGUCUGCAACGGCCACGACGACUGCGGCGACGGUAGUGACGAGCUCAACUGCGCUGUCAUCUGUCAGCAGCAGAAAGAGAUGUUCUGCGCGGCCGACAGCGCCUGCAUGCCGGCCGCCUCCUCCUGCGACGGCACAUGCCAGUGCUCCGACUGCGCCGACGAGGCGGCCUGCGCCGGCGCUCACGCCGCGCACGCCGGUUCCACGCUCACCGCCUGCCUCACCGAACAGGAGAACCGAGCGCUGGGACUGCGGCCGUGCGGCAACACCUCUGUCUGCGUCGUGUCCACGGCCCGCUGCGACGGCCAGCCCGACUGUCCGGACGGCUCUGACGAGCAGGGCUGUGAUGAGGACUGCGCAGAGGGGGAGCGCCGCUGCACCAAAAGCCGGGUCUGCCUGCCCGCCCAGUACCUGUGCGACGGACAAUGGGACUGCGAUGACGGCUCGGACGAGGUGGCCUGUCCGCCGUCGGUGGUGGCGUGUGUCGAGCCGGACUUCUCCUGCGACAACGGCACGCGCUGUCUGGUGCGCGCGCAGGUCUGCGACGGCAAGCCCGACUGCACCUCCGGCGAGGAUGAGGGCGUGCUCUGCAACAUGGGCCUGUGCGAGGUGUACCAGCCGUCGUGCGAGCACGCCUGCACAGUGACGCCGCGCCGCGGCCCGGCGUGCUUCUGCCCGGCCGGCCAGCGACUCGCCAACGACGGUUUCUCCUGCACGGACGGCCACCCGUGCGACGACUGGGGCACGUGCUCGCAGCGCUGCGUGCCGCUGCGUCACCGCCACAAGUGCGCCUGCUACCCCGGCUACCGGCUGCUGCCGGACGGCUUCAGCUGCGGCAGCGAAGACGAGUCUCCAGCCUACAUCCUGUUCUCGAACCGGCACGAGCUGCGCACGGUGGACCUGCGGACCAUGCAAGCGCGCGCGCUCGUCACCGGCCUGCAGAACACGAUCGCCUUCGACUUUCUGUACACGCGCGACGGCUACCAGGUGUUCUGGUCGGACAUCACCCGCGACAAGAUCUACCGCGGCUCGCUCAUCAACGACGUUCUCUCGGACGUGACGGCGGUCAUCAGCACGGGUCUGGCUACGGCCGAGGGGCUGGCCGUCGACUGGGUGGGCCAUAACCUCUACUGGGUCGAGUCGCACGUGGUGCAGAUCGAGGUGGCGCGGCUCGACGGCCGCUACCGCAAGGGGCUGAUCGCCGGCGACAUGAAGAACCCGCGCGCGCUCACACUCGACCCGCGGGACGGCAUCCUGAUGUGGACGGACUGGGACGAGGCGCGGCCCCGGAUCGAGUCGGCCUCGAUGGCUGGGGGACAGCGCCAGGUGGUGUACCACGUCAACACCACCGGCGGCGCCUGGCCCAACGGCCUGACGCUCGACUACGUCAACCGCCGCGUCUACUGGAUCGACGCCAAGCUGGACGCGGUGCAUACGACACGCUACGACGGCUCCGACCACCGAGCGGUACUGCGCGACCACGAGUACCUCACGCACCCGUUCGCCGUGUCCGUGUUCGGCAACUACGUGUACUGGACCGACUGGAAGACCAACUCGGUGGUCAGGGCGAACAAGUGGAACGGCAGCGACGUCGACCCAAUCCAGAUGACCAUCACACAGCCGUUCGACAUCCACAUCCUGCACUCGACGCGUCAGCCGCCCGCGAGGAACCCCUGCGGCCGCCGCAACGGCGGCUGCUCGCAUCUGUGCCUGCUGAACAAGAGCGACUCGUUCGAGUGUCACUGUCCGCAUCUGAUGAAGCUCAACGGCACCAAGACAUGCGUCGCGAACGAGCGCAUCCUGCUGAUGGGUCUGGAAGAGAGUGUGCGCGGUGUAGACCUCGACUCGAGCUUCUACCACGUGCUGCCGCGCGUGGCAGCGCCGCACGUGCUGCGACCCGUGCAGCUGGACUUCCACGCGCGCCGCCGGCUGGUGGUCUGGGCUGACAGAGGGGCCCAGGUGGGCGCCCAGAGUCUGGUCAGCGGACCCACACAGCAGCCCGUGUCAGUGUCCUCUCCGACGGGCGUGGCCGUGGACUGGUCAUCGGACGUGCUGUUCGUGGCGGCGGCCUCGCCAAGCGGCGCCGGCUCCGAGAUAGCCGCCACCAACCUGCAGGGGGCGCUGUACACGACGCUGGUGACCUCCGAAACGGACCGGCUGUCGGACCUGCAGGUGGACCCGGCCACCGGCGCCCUCUUCUACCUGAGCCACGGUCCGGCCAGCAGCAGGGUGAUGCGGGCGACCAUGGCUGGCGAGAACGUCACCGUGCUUUGGGAGAACGCUGCGCACCCGGUUAGCCUGACCUCGCUUAGUCUGGCCACGGGCGCCGCGCCGGCGCUGCUCUGGGUGGAGGAGGAGCGUGUCCUGCCGGAGGACGCCCAGCCGACGGCCGUGGCCGUCAGCCAGGGCCGGCUCUACUACGCCGACGCCGGCACGCGUGGCGUCACAUCCGUACUGCUUUCCGGCGAAGAGCCGCAGCCGCUUCGCAACGGCACAGCAUUCUCGGACGCGGACGUGCUCUCUCUGCGCGUGUACGACCCGGCCGAGCAGCCGGCGCGCGUCUCCGCCUGCAGCGACGCCAAUGGCGGUUGCCAGCACCUCUGCUUCCCCGUGGCGCCGACAGAGGUGCGCUGCCGCUGCGCCGUCGGCUUCAUACUGGAUCCCGUCGGUGGCAAAACGUGUAAUGGAGACUCCGACUUCCUGAUCGUGGCCGGCGGCGACGGCGUGCUGGGCGUACCGCUGGCCGGCGGCGACGAGCCCGUGCUGCCGCCGCUCUCGGCCACCGUGAUCGCCGACUCGGUGGACUUUGACGCGGCCCGCCAGCGGCUGGUGUGGGUGGACCAGGACGCCGGUCACCUGCUGAGCGUGCGACGCGACGGGUCCAACCUGACGCGGCUGGCGACCGACGUCAGGGGCUCGCAGGGCCCCACCGGCCUGGCCGUCGACUGGGUCACAGGCAACACCUACUGGUCGGAGUCGACCACCGACUCGAUCCACAUGGUGCGAGCCGGCACCGCGCUGCGACUGGUGAUCGCGCGCGGCAACCUGAGCCGCGUGGACGCCAUCUGCUUCCACCCGGCCGGCCGGCUCUUCUGGACGAACCGGCGCGGCGCCUCGGGCGUCAUCGAGCGAAGUCUGCCGGACGGCAGCCGGCGCGAGGUGCUGGCCACGCUCGGCGCCUGGACGCCGGGCGUCUCCAGCGCUGACCUGGCGCUGGAUGUGCGCGCUGACACGCUCUACUGGCUGCUGACGGCGCCGGCGCGGCUGGGCUGGCUGCACGCCGACGGCGGCGAGCCGCGCCUGCUGGCCGACGGCGAGGCUGUGGCCGGCGCCACGGCCAUCUCGCUACACGCCGGCCUCCUCUACUGGGCCGACCGGGCCGUCGACGGCGGCAGCGUGCGCCGCGCGCCCGUCGGCAAUCUCAGUCAGGUGGAGACGGUGCGCGGCGGCCUGCGCCGGCUGCGCGACCUGCAGGUGUACAGCCGCGACCGACAGGCGCGCAUCAACUCGUGCGCCGACAACGGCCUUUGCGCCGAGCUGUGCGUAUUCCUCGGCGAGAGCGCCGCGCCGCGCGACCACCGCUGCCAGUGCGCGCACGGCCGGCUGGCCGAGAACGGCGUCAGCUGCCGACCUUAUGACGAAUUCCUCAUGUUCUCGCGCGUCUCUGCCGUGGAGAGCCUGCACUUCUUCCCGGAGCUGACGCGCGCGCCGCCGUUCCCCGCCAUCGACACGAAACAGGUGGUGCGUAACGCCAUCGGGCUGGCGUUCGACUACGCGCAGGGCCGGCUCUUCUUCUCCGAUAUACAGCGGGGCAGCAUCAACAGCGUGCUCUUCAACGGCUCCGAUCACAGGGUGAUCGCCGAUCAGCAGGGCUCGGUGGAGGGCGUGGCGUUCGAGCCGGUGCACGGAGACGUGUACUGGACGUGCAGCAGCCACCGCGCUAUCAGCAGGAUCAACGUGCGCCACUCGGGCAGCCGCGUCCAGCUGCUCGUGCCGCUGGACGAGGCCGACAAGCCGCGCGGCAUCGCCAUCGACAGCUGCAACAGGCGGGUCUACUGGACCAACUGGAACUCGCAGGCGCCGAGCGUGCAGCGCGCCCAGCUGGCCGGCCACAGUGUCAUGUCGGUCAUCCACACCGACAUCCGCAUGCCGAACGGCAUCACCAUCGACCAGCCGGCGCACAAGCUGUACUGGGCCGACGCGCGGCUCGACAAGAUCGAACGGGCCAACCUGGACGGCAGCGGACGCGAGGUGAUCCUGUCCGGCACGCCCAGCCACCCAUUCGACGUGGCCGUGUUCGGCGAGCACAUCUUCUGGACGGACUGGGUGCGACACGCCGUCGGCCGGGCCGACAAGCGCGCCGGCCGCGACCCCAGCUUCAUACUGCGUGACGUCGCCCAGCCUAUGGGCAUCGUGGCUGUCAGCCGCGAGGCCUCCGCCUGCCCCAGCAACCCGUGCCUGACGAAGAACGGCGGCUGCAGUGACGUGUGCACGCUGGACGCCGGCGGCGAGGUCAAGUGCGCAUGCGCCGAGGGACGCCGCCUGCUGGAGGACGGGCGGACCUGCUCUCGCAGCGAGGACCCGUGCCACGAGGACUCGUUCCGCUGCGGCAGCGACGAUGGCCGCUGCGUGCCGUAUCAGCUCACCUGCGACGGCACCGACGACUGCCCCGACGGCAGCGACGAGCACGACUGUGCCAACCGCACCUGCCCGGCCGGCUUCAUCGGCUGCGACGGCGCGCGCUGCGACGAGCCGUGCUCGUGCGGCGCCGGCGACGGUGACGGCACGGCGCCGCCGUUCCACUGCAGCUCGGGCGAGUGUGUGCCGCACGAAAAGCGCUGCAACCAGGUGCAGGACUGCAAGGACGCCAGCGACGAGAUGGAAUGUCCGCCGCUACCAUGCCGUCAGCCGGUCGAGGGGCCGGAGUACGCCAUGGUGCCCUGUAACACCACCACCGCCUGUAUCCUGCCCGCCUGGCUGUGCGACGGAGAGAACGACUGCUGGGACAACUCGGACGAGGCCAACUGCACUAGUCUGCGACCAGAACCCGAGGAUGAGGCGUGUCAGGAGUCGCAGUUUCGCUGCCGCACCGGCCACUGCAUUCCGGCCGACUGGCGUUGCGAUCAGACCAACGACUGCGUCGACCACCUGCACGGACGGCCCAGCUCCGAUGAGCUCGACUGCGAGCACCAGUGUCGGCACGGCCAGUUCCGCUGCGGCUCGGGCGAGUGCUAUCCGGCCAGCUGGCAGUGCGAUGGCGAAGCGGACUGCUCCGACGCCAGCGACGAGACGGACGACUGCAAGUCAAAGACGUGCGGCCUCGCCGAGUUCACGUGCCACUCCGGCCGCUGCAUCCCGGCGCACUGGGUGUGUGACGGCGACCGCGACUGUCCGGGAGACGACCCGGCCGGCGAGGACGAGGCGGCCGCCGUCUGCGAGCCGCGCAACGUCCAGUGCGACAGUGCCAGCUUCCGCUGCGUGUCUGGCAGCUGCAUCCCGCGCGCGGCCUACUGCGACGGCUCGGCCGACUGCGCCGACGGCUCCGAUGAGCCCGACGACUGCCUGCGCCGCGCCUGUGACGACAGCCAAUUCACCUGCCUGCGCGGCGCGUGCAUCCCGUCGUCGGCGUUAUGUGACGGCAUUAACGACUGCGAGGAUAACAGCGAUGAGACGUUUCCCAACUGUGAGUGGCGGCGGUCGCCAGAGGAGAAGGCGACCAACACGUCAACAGUCGGCGCCUGCAAGCCCGGCCAGUUUCUCUGCAACAGCGGCGUCUGUAUCAACGACACGGCCGUGUGCGACACGCACGACGACUGCGGCGACGCCAGCGACGAGAUGCUGUGCGACGUGGAUGAGUGCCAGCGGCGGGCGCCGUGUGACCACAUCUGUGUCAACGAACCGGUCGGCUACAGCUGCCGCUGCUGGACCGGCUUCGAGGCGCCGGCCGACCAGCCGGACAAGUGUGUCGACCGGAACGAGUGUGCCGAGGCGCGGCGCCCCUGCAGUCAGCGAUGCACCAACUCGUACGGCAGCUAUCGGUGCAGCUGCAACGACGGCUUCCUGGCGGAACGUGACGGCCACAGCUGCCGCGCCGACCCCAGCGUGGCAGCCGAGAAGGCACGCGUGCUACUCAUCAGCCGGUACUACAUCACGUCACUGGACCCAGCCGGCGCCGGCACCACACUGCUCGCCAAAAACCUGACUAACGGCGUGGCGGUCGACUUCGACUUCGCCAAGCGCUGCGUCUACUGGAGCGAGCAGCCGGCCGAGCCGCACGGCGCCUUCAUCCGCCGCAUGUGCCAGCGCGGGCUGGGCUCCGAGUACCAGCACCAGGACCUGCACACGACCGUGACGCUGGACAAGCCGGCCGGCCUGGCCGUGGACUGGGUAGCCGGCAACCUGUACUGGUGCGACAAGGGCCGGGACACGAUCGAGGUCUCGCGCCUGGACGGCCGCUUCGCGCGCGUGCUGGUCAGCGAAGGUCUGGACGAGCCGCGCGCUCUCUGCGUGCACCCAGCUACCGGGUACAUGUAUUGGACGGACUGGGGCAACGAUCCACACAUCGGGCGCGCCGGCAUGGACGGCAGCGAGGCGGGCCCACUGAUCGCCGAGCGGCUCGGCUGGCCCAAUGCGCUCGCCGUGGACCGCGAGGGCGGCCGCCUCUUCUGGGCCGACGCGCGCGAGGACUACAUCGGCGUGGCUGACCUGGACGGCGCCAACCCGCAAGUGCUCGUCAGCCGGCGCUUACACGGCGCGAGCCUGCAUCACGUGUUCUCGCUGGCCGUGUUCGAGGAUUGGCUGUACCUGACAGACUGGGACACCAAGGCCGUGCAGCGCUGCCACAAGGCAGACGGCUCCAACUUCACCACGCUGCCCCUCACCGUGCGACACCCCAUGAACCUGGUGGUCUACCACCAGCUGCAGCAGCGACCCUACCCGGGCGAGAACCCGUGCGGCGCCGACAACGGCGGCUGCCAGGCGCUGUGCCUGCUGCGGCCUGGCGGCGGCCACGCCUGCGCCUGUCCCGUCAACUAUGUGCUGAACGCCGACGGCCGCACGUGCCGCGCCAACUGCACCUCCAGCCAGUACCAGUGUCCGCUGACCAUGCGCUGCAUUCCCUACUGGUGGCGCUGCGACGGACAGGACGACUGUGGCGACGGCUGGGACGAGCCGGCCGAGUGUCCGCCGUACCAGUGCCCGGUGCCAGGCAUGCUCCAGUGUGACGGCGGCGACAUGUGCGUCCAUCCGACGCAGGUCUGCGACGGCUCGCCGCAGUGCAACUCCGGCGACGACGAGUCUCACUGCGGCACGCACGCCUGCCUGCACGGCCAGUUCCGAUGCCCCGGCAACGAGACGGUCACGCCGCGCUGCAUCUCGGAGCUGGAGCGGUGCGACGGCCGGUCCGACUGUCCGCUCGGAGAGGACGAGCGCGACUGCGACAACGUCUCCUGCGCCAAGACCGACUUCUUGUGCGACAGCGGCCAGUGCGUCAGCGGCCUGUUCGUGUGCGACGGCGAGAGCGACUGCGUCGACGGCAGCGACGAGGGAGUCUCGUGCGCCGACCGUACCUGCCCCGCCAACCUGUUCAGAUGUGAAUCGGGCCGGUGUGUGCCGGCCUCCUGGGAGUGUGACGGCGAGCAGGACUGCCCGCGUAACGAGGACGAGGGGCCGCAGUGCUCCGACCUGGAGCUGCAUUCGUGCGAGCCCAGCCAGUUCCGAUGCACCAACAACAAGUGCAUCCCGGACCGCUGGCGGUGCGAUGAAGAGGACGACUGCAAGGACAACUCGGACGAGGUGGACUGCGUCCUCCGAAACUGCACCGACGACGAGUACCGCUGCGUCAACGGCAGGUGUAUCCACGGCCCGCUGCGGUGUGACGGCGAAUACGACUGCAGCGACCGUUCGGACGAGAUCGGCUGCCUGGAGAACUGCCCGCAGGACAUGUUCCGCUGCCUCAGCCCGCCGGACAUUGUCCAUUGCGUGCCCAGCACGUGGCGCUGUGACGGCUACGUGGACUGCACGGACGCCAGCGACGAGGCCGGUUGCAACAACACGUGUCCCGAACAUCAGUUCAGGUGUCGAGACGGCACGUGCAUCCCGCCCAGCUGGGUGUGUGAUGGCUCGGACCAGGACUGCGCCGACGGCUCCGACGAGACGAGCGCGCUCUGCGCCGCGCGCGCCUGCCUGCCGGGCGCGUUCCGCUGCGCUAACCACCGCUGUCUGUACCCGACGGCCGGCGCUAGCCACGUGCAAGCACUGUGCGACGGCCAGGACCAGUGCGGCGAUGGCUCUGACGAGCGACCCGGUCUCUGUUCGGUGGGCCCUCUGCGCGCGCGCCACCGUUGCGCCGUGGAGCUGCACGGCUUCGUCUGCGACAACGGCCACUGUCUGGACAGGAAGGACGUCUGCAACUCGUAUGACGAGUGCGGUGACGGCUCCGACGAGCGGAACUGCCCGCCCAAGGCCUGCGGUUUCGGCGUGUGCAGCCAGGGUUGCGUGGCCAAGCGGCAGGGCGACUCCAACUGCUUCUGCGGCGACGGCUACCGCUUUAGCGGGCACAGCAAGAGCAAGUCAUGCAAGGCGAACGGGGAGCCGGCGCACCUGAUGGUGGCAGCCGAGUCGGAACUGCGCCGCGUCGACCCGUACAAGCGUCUGCCCCACGAGUCUGAGCCGGUGGUGGCGGGCGCCGCGCUGCCCACGGACCGCAUCGUUUCCGUGGACGUGCUCUUCUCGGCCGAGGCGCCGCUCAUCUUCUGGACCAACGACGAGGACGGCACGGUCACGCGCUACACGCCGGCGGCGGCCGGCGGUGGCCGCGUCCGCCGCCAGACCACCGAGACGGUGAUUCGUCACCUGGUGCGGCCGCGCGGCCUGGCCGUGGACUGGGUGUCGCGCCACCUGUACGUUGUGGACGCCGGCGCGCCCCGUAUCCUGAUGGCCUCGCUGGACGGCCGGCGCGCCGCCUCGGUCGUCACCGGCCGCCUCCAGGAGCCCUGCGACCUGGCUGUUGAGCCGGCGCUGCGCCGGAUGUUCUGGACGGACCGCGGCAUGGACGCAGCCGUCGAGACGGCUGCGCUGGACGGCUCGGACCGGCACCGGCUGGUCUGGACGCGGCUGCGCUGGCCCAGCGGCCUGGCCGUCGACCACGCCGGCGGCCGGCUCUACUGGAGCGACCCGAAGCUGGCCACCGUCGAGUCGGUCCGGCUCGACGGCAGCGACCGCGCGCUUGUGCGCCAGUUCGAGAAGCACGAGGGCCGCCCCCACAUGCUGGACGUGUUCGAGGACUGGCUGUACUUCACCACGUUCCCGCUGCCGGGCGUGGCCCGUCUGGACAAGUUUGGACGGGACAACGUCACCCGGCUGGCCGAGGGCAUCCGGGCCGCCUCCGACCUCGUCAUCGUGCAGCCCAGCAAACAGACAGCCAAUGUGACGUCACCGUGCAGCCCGAACUCGUGCGGCAACAGCAGCCUGUGCGUGCCGACCUCGGACAAACGGUACAGCUGCGUAUGCGUGCACGGUGCGGAGAAGGUGCCGGACGCGGCCGGUCGGCUGCGCUGCCAGCUCACCAGCCAGCUGCCCGUGCUGCCCUGCAACCUGGAGUGUGUGCACGGCACGUGCCGGCGCGGCCCUGCCGGACCCCGGUGCGUGUGCGAGGCGCGGUACCAGGGUGCACUCUGUGACCGCGACCGCUGCGCCGGCCACUGUCUCAACAAGGGCUACUGCUACGUCAACCUCAUCUCGGGCGGCCCGGACCUGGCGUGCAACUGCCUGCCGGACUGGACGGGCCAGCGGUGCCAGACGCCGGCCGACCCGUGCUCGGGCCGUGGAUGCCUGAACGGCGCCACCUGUAGCCGCGCCAACGGCACUGAUGUCUGCGUCUGCCCGGCCGGCUUCACAGGCGCACGGUGUGAACAGUGCGUGGAUCACGAGUGCCGCGGGAACAGCACAUGCCACCGUGACCCGGAUAGCACUGCACCCUCGUGCCGGUGCGGGCCGGGUCUGAGCGGCGCCCACUGCGAAACGGGCUCGUGCGCCGACCACCCGUGCGGAGCAGGUCGUUGCACGGUGGAGGGAGGCGAGCCGCGCUGCUUGUGCCCGCUCGGCUUUAGCGGACGCUACUGCGAGCUGGAUCUGUGCCGCCAGUACUGCAUCAACAACGGUAACUGCUCGCGGACGGCUUCCGGUCCGGUGUGCGCCUGCGGACGGCGGUACAGCGGCGACCACUGUCAGGUGGACCUCUGCACCUGCUCGGACGACUGCCGCCGUGACGACUGUAUCAGCUGUCCCCCCGGCUCCUCCCGGCCGGAGGAGCUGUGUGUCGGCACGGCCGUCGUGCCCUCCUGGCAAGAGGCCAUUAGCUUCUGCCUCAACGGCGGCACCCUUGAAAAGAGCGGCGACGACCACAGCUGCAGAUGUCCGGACCAGUUCUCGGGCAGACGGUGCGAGGUGCGCCCGCCGGGCGCCGACGGCUGCCGGCCGGGCUUCUGCCUGCACGGCGGCGCCUGUGAGGAGGAGGCUGGCGGUGAGGCGCGCUGCCGCUGUCCGACCGGCUGGGCCGGCGACCGCUGCCAGCGGCCGCUCUCUUGUCGGCACUACUGCUUCAACGGCGCCGACUGCGAGCCGGCCAGACGUGACGACGAGCAGCCCACCUGCCACUGCGCGCCGGGCUUCGUGGGCACGCGCUGUUCGCGGCCUGUGUCGUCGCUGACCGCCGCGGACGGCAGCGACAUCCACUCUGUCGUCACCGGCGUGGUGGUGGCCGUGGUGGUCGUGCUUCUGGCGCUGCUGGCCGCCGUCGGCCUCGUCCUCUGGCGCAAACGGCACGGAAUGCCGUUCAGUCAUACUCGGAUGCGAAACGAUAAGCUAGAGGUCGACAACCCGAUGUACCUACGCGACCUCGAGGCGCGCGACGACGCAAACGAAGAUGAAGACAUAGACGCCGUCUUCAGUUUAGAGGAGAAGCCGACCAACUUCUCCAACCCCGUGUACGAGUCGACGUACGCGGACGGCGGCGGCGCCAGCAGCUCGGAGAUGACUAACCUGCUGCCGCCGGAGAACGGCAGGCCGGCGGUGGUGUUCGCCGGCGCGGCGCCCUCCGACCCGCUGCAGCACGCAGACGCGUAGCGCCGCCUGCCGUCGCCCGUGCCAGCCGACAGUGUUACCAACCGCUCAUAGAUGGCAGCGCACGAUGACCGCGAGGCCGUGGUCAUUGUCAUGAGCGUCGUCCGAUUCCUGGUGGGCAUUACCAGCCAUCUCCAUAGUCUCCAUUGUGGCAAUGUUGUGUGGGGCAAGUUGACAUCAAGGCUUGGAGCUGAUGAUUCGUAUUGACGCGCCUUGGCGCAUUUCGAGACGCGACGCUUCUGAAUGUCUGGAUUGCGGGAUCUGGGCUUGCCCUGCGGCGCGCUGCCGCCGUGGUCGCGAGAGCUUCACAUGACGCGCGGCCUGUCUCUCGGCGAUCUCCUGUAGCCGCCGGACAUGGCGCGAGGCCGCGGUCCCGCCUCCGCCGUCCCUGAUCAAUACUCGAGGCUGCGGGCGGUGUUCAGCGUGACGCUCGCGUGCUGGCAGCCGACGCGUGGACAAGACUCGCGCCCUGGUCACCACGGCAUUGGCAGUCGCUUUGGGAGGCUGUUUUUGUAGGGUGCUUGCGGUGCUAGUGAGCACUAUGCCGUCCGUCACCGACCCUUUUUGCGUACUCUUUUUGGCAGAUAUAUGUACUGUGCCAUUUACCGGCGGCGCCGUGCACUUGCGGUGUCAGCAUUCGCCACGCCACGGCAGCGGCGUUUGUUUUACUUGACGCGACGGUCCCACCGCUGUGUAGUUGUUUUAACGCGCCCAUUUUGCGUGCCGCUUCUACUGCGAUGCCGGGGCCCGGGCUUUGGAGUGCCAAAUAGCUGAUGGUUGAGAUUGGCCGUGUUGCUAAGCAGCUCACUCACUCAGACAGCGGCCGCCCCAUCGAGUGAGGCGUAGAGAGGCUGGAUGUUCGCGUGUGGAUGUUCAUUUGUGUGUAAGUCAAGCGGAUCACUUCCAUGGUAUCUUCGUAUAUUGUCCAACACAAAUGCGUCUUUGCUCGCUGUUUUCCCACGUCUGCUUGACGACAUCGCAUCAAAGAGCUGAACCUGC